AUGGGGCCGAGCACAGUUCCCCCGCAUCAAAGCGAGGAGGGGGAGCCAGCAUUGAAGGCGGAGCCCGUGGUUUUCCAGCCACCGGGCGAGGCCAUCGUCGUGGAGGAGGAUGUCAAGCAGCCUCUCAACAGCCACAACGAAGAUGCAGGCCUGCUGCCGGCCCUGAUGGCAACACCGCCGCGUAUGCCCAGGCGUGGAG